CCUGAACAAACAAAGACAGCACAAACACCAAUGGCCUCGGAUUCCCCACUUCAAUCCAAGUCUCUCUACACCUCAAAUAUCUUCUUCCUUUUUCUUCUCCUCUCAACAAAUCUCCUCACUUUGUUCUUUUCCUCAUCCUUUUCCAUCUGCUCUCUCAAAUCUCUCUCCACCGCAGCAACCACCGCUGACCUUGCAACCCCAACCACGGGAUUAAACCUCCCGGAGGCUCCUACGGAAGACACAUCCGAUCUCCCACCCGAAUUCCUUGCCUUUGCAUCCGGACAACUCCUCCCAUUUGGCUACAACAUCAACUUUGACUCCAACACCAUUUACCCUGCAGUUGGCCAAGCAUGCACGCUUUUCCCCGAUCUCCUCAGCCGCUUCAUGUCCUACAAAGUCAACGGGUCGUGUCCGGAUGACGAGUUUUUAGCCCAAAGGCUCCUCCUCAAGGGCUGCGAGCCCUUACCCCGCCGCCGCUGCCGCCCUGCCUCAAACGCUAACUAUGUGGAACCCUAUCCUCUUCCCAAAAGCUUCUGGUCCACACCAUCCGACUCCUCAGUCGUAUGGACAGCUUACAAAUGCAAAAACUACAGCUGCCUCGUCAACAGAAAGAAAAACAAUAAGGGUUUUGACGACUGCAAAGACUGCUUUGACCUCCAAGGAAAUGAGAAGACUCGUUGGGGAAAAGGCAAAGGAGGAGGGCUAGACUUCGGUGUGGAUGAAGUCUUGGGGUUCAAGAAACCCGGGACGAUACGAAUCGGGCUGGACAUUGGCGGCGGAGUGGCCACAUUCGCUGUGAGAAUGAGGGAAAGGAACGUCACAAUUGUGACAACUUCAAUGAACUUGAACGGUCCUUUUAACAGCUUCAUAGCUUCAAGAGGGGUUGUGCCUUUGUACAUAAGCAUUUCACAGAGACUGCCUUUUUUCGAUAACACUUUGGAUAUUGUGCAUUCAAUGCACGUUUUGAGUAAUUGGAUACCAACGACAUUGCUUCAUUUUGCGGUGUUUGAUAUCUACAGAAUCCUUAGGCCUGGGGGGUUAUUUUGGCUUGACCAUUUUUUCUGUGUAGGUGAGCAGUUGGAAGAGGUCUAUGGACCGCUCAUUGAGAGCGUUGGAUUCAAGAAGUUGAAGUGGGUUGUUGGGAGGAAGCUUGAUCGUGGGCCGGAGCGACGGGAGAUGUACCUUUCGGCUUUGCUGGAGAAGCCAUUGAAGAAUUCUUGGUGA